CAAGCGUACCCGAUGUCUUCGACACUUUUUCGCAUCUUUACGAAGAAAGUAGAAGGCGGAGUUACUAGGUGUCAGUCAACCUCUUAGGCGAUCUUAAAAGCUCCGCCUCUUCCUGCGCGAAGCAAAAAUGAUAGACUAAGCGAAUAUUGUUGCCUCUCAAGGACGAUGUCGUGUUCGCGACCAUGUCUUUAAAAGAAAACCGUUCCCUUUACAACAUCAGUGAAAACUAAGCCUUCUUCUUUUUUUAAAUAAUUUACUAUUUUAACGUGGGUCUUCAUGCUGAACUUCGUAACUUUAACAUCAAACUUAACGCAUGCGUGAAACAUACAUACACACACCUUGUUCUGUCACACAAGUCAUGGCUCCAAUGCUGUAAAAGCAGCUUCGGUGGGCAGUCCGUUCCUCAACGUUGGCUGUCGUUGCCCCGAGGCUCGGGUCUUCGCAUUCAUCCAUGCCCCUAACAAACGGGGCAGUGGUAGUCAAUACGCACGAAAGGCAGGCCGGGAACGAGAAGACAGUGGGUACUCCAGCCUCCCUCCCUCCCCCCACCCCGAUUCACUGUAUGCUGCAUAAGAGGCUCUGACAGAGAGGCACUUAGCGCAGUGACUCUUGUGUGCAAGCCAUGUCACUGAGCCCUAAACACUCCACUCCGUUUUCCGUGACCGACAUCCUGAGCCCACUCGAGGAGAGCUACAAGAAAGCCGCCGCCCUUGCUGUUGCUGUGGACACCACCGGAUUUCCUGCACCGUUAGCCGUCGCAACAUCAGGCCCGUAUCGUAACCAUCAACCUCAAGGAAACAUGAACGUGCCCGUAACCAACCCAUACAUGGUUCCCCAACUGUCCCAUCCCAACUCCUUCGCCACCCAGUACUGUAACGGUGCUGAUCUUUCACACUAUGGUGACCACGUACGGCAAACCGCGACAGGAUGGUACGGGGCGCCCCCAGACCCGCGCUUCGCAAGUGAGUUUUCACGCUUGAUGGGCUCGUCUCCGGGGAUGCCCAUGUCCAACAUGAAUAUGCCGACUUUCAGUGCUUGUAGUGUGGCGGCAGCAGCAGAGAACAAGGCGAUGGGGUCCGGAGUCCAGUUUCCACUGACGCAGCGCCGUAAACGAAGAGUGUUGUUUACCCAAGCGCAGGUGUACGAACUGGAACGACGCUUCAAGCAGCAGAAAUACCUGUCUGCUCCGGAGAGGGAACAUCUGGCCAGCUUGAUCCAUCUGACCCCCACGCAAGUGAAAAUAUGGUUUCAGAAUCACCGCUACAAGUGUAAAAGACAGGCCAAAGAGAAGGCUAUGGCCGAGCAGCAAACUCAACAGUCGCAUCAGCAUUCGCCGAGGAAGGUCGCGGUACCCGUAUUGGUUAAAGACGGCAAACCUUGUUCGGCCAGUUCAGGAGAACACGACGGAACCUCUGCCAGCGGCAGCACUGAUACGGCUACGCCAGAUCUACAGUUGUCCCAACCACAUCAAACACGUACAACUCUUCAAGGCUCAUCCUGCCUUGGCGAGUCGUGCGCUCAAAAUACUGCAGUAAGCCGUUCCCACGUGAUACCGCAGAACGCAGUGGACAGUCCAGGUUCUGGCCUCAGCUCCUUGAACAGCUUAGGUGGCUAUGGUCAGCAUCUUGGCUCGCACGGUGGUUUAGAUUUGGGUUCAGGAAUAACAGUGUCAAACAGUGCUGUCUGUCCUGCAUAUCUUCAGCUACAAGGCAGGACGUGGUAAUUAAAUACACGUACUACAAAAACAAAACUCUGUACUUUUAAAUAUAACUCCAUUAAAUGACUGAUCGGUAAACUCUAGCUCUUUCGGGAAAAAUUCUCACGUUCUUCCGUUUAGGACAGAGCUUACGAUAGGGACUAUGACCGUCAGAUAUAAAAAUAAUCUGAAGAUGAUACAUCGAGGACAUUUCGAUCGAUGUGGCUGCAAAGUUAAAGUGUUAUGAGUUUCAGUUAUAUUAUCUGCAAGAAAAAAGUGUAUAGAGAGAGGACUCGGAGAAGGUCUGUGAAUUAGAUGUAACUCUUUCUACAUAAAUAGCUUCAGUGAGAUGUAACUCUUUCUACAUAAAUAGCUUCAGUGAGAUGUAACUCUUUCCACAUAAAUAGCUUCAGUGUAUAAUACAGCUACUUUUUACUCUAGAAAGGUGUUAUUAGAUCAGCUUGAACUUUGUAAAGCUGGUAAUUACCAUUGAUAAUUUCAAUUAGGAAAUAGACUUAUGUACGUUGUAAACAUAUAAGUAGAGACGUUACGGUAUAAAUACAUUUACAUAAGUUGUUGUUUGUUGUCCUUUCUCUAUGUAAUUUCUAUUUUAUUGAAUUGUAUUUGGGAUAUAUUGUCAAUUUGUGUACAAACUGAGUCCCGCGUGCAUGUGUUAUAUUUACACAACUUCAACCUUUGAUGUGUGUGUGUGUGUAUAUAUAUAUAUAUAUAUAUAUAUACACACAUACGUGCACGCACACACAUGUGAAUGGUUUUAUGUAUUUGUCUAGUGAUCUAUGAAUGUGAUUCCUGUUUGGUGAGAUUUUCAUCUAACAUCAUUACAUAUCCUAAACAGGACAGAUGAUGACUAGUGGUUCCUUGCUAUAGAUAGACGUACAAUACCUCCUGUACAACAUAUUUUAUCUUGUACUAACAUGAUUAAAGUAUUGAGAGCAAAACCUAUGACGAUA